AUGAUGAUUAUGGAAGAUAAGUUGGACUAUGAAGAUAUUUUUCCAAAGUGUACAAAAGAUUUUUAUAAUGCUGAAAACACUAGUUUAAUUGAAACAAACAAUAAAUAUGAAAAUAUGUGCCAACUGAUUUUUUAUAGGAUAGGUGUUAAUUCAAAUAUGAAGAGUUCAUUCAUUAAUAAAUGUUCUGCACUUACUCAUUUUUUACAUAAUAUAAGUAAUUCUUCUUUAACUUAUAAUAAUGGAAAAUAUUGUACUUGUUUCAACUACCAGCUAAAACAUGUAUUGAGACAGUAUAAUUGUGACUAUCAGGAUACAAAAACGGCUUAUGAAAGAAUGACCGAGGUUUAUUACCUAAAUGGAUUAACUAAUCUUAAUAUAUGUAGUGGUCUUAAUAAUCAUCUUAAUGAUUAUUCCUUUUUUAACUUAAUUUUUCUGGAAUUUCUGAAUUAUUAUCUUGAAAUGUACGAUCAUGAUGGCGGCCGUACUUUUAAAUGUCCUUCCAAUAGCUCUGAUUAUAAAAGAUAUUUAAUAUUUUUAAAAAAAUGUGAAAAAUCUAAUAGUAAUAAUUUUUGUAAGACUAUAAGUAACCUGAAAGAAAGAAACAGUAAUUAUAUGAUGCGUUUAUCUGAAUGCAUAGAAGUAGCUGAAUCCUUAGCUGUCACCUCAAAAUCAAAUACAACCCGGUUUGCUGUAGCGACAUUUAUUGUAUUAUGUACAAUAUUAAUAACUGUAUUUAUUUUUUAUAGGUUUAAUUUUAUUGGAUUAUAUUUACAACGAACAGCAAGAAAGAUAAGAAGUCACAUGAAUAAUAAACAUAAAGACAAUUAUAUAUCAAAUGAUAUCUUUGAAAUGGAAUACAAAGGUUUAAUUCAGGAUGAAUACAAAGUAGCAUACACCACAGAAAAUGAAGAAACAUAUUUUCAUAAAUAUUAA